AUGGCCGCAGUGGCCGUCCUCCGGAACGAUUCGCUGCAGGCGUUUCUCCAGGAUCGUACUCCGAGCGCCUCCCCCGAUUUGACCAAGCACUCGCCCCUGGCUCUCCUGGCCGCCACCUGUAGUCGGAUCGGGCAGCCGGGCACGUCGGGCGCCCCCUCGGACUUCCUGCAGGUCUCCUACGAGCCAGGCUUGGGCUCUCCAUCCAGGAUCUUCCACCCGUGGAGCAGCGAGAUGCCAGCCCACUCGCCGGGCGGACUGCCCCCACCACCGCCCAGCCUGGGGCUCACCCCGCAGCCGGCCUUCGGCGGCGGCCAUGAGCUGCCUCUGACUCCCCCGGCGGACCCCUCAUAUCCCUACGAGUUCUCGCCCGUCAAGAUGCUGCCGCCAUCGAUGGGCGCGCUCUCCUCCGGCUGCCCGCCGCCAGCCUACGUGCCCUACGCCGCCCAGGCAGCCCUCCCGCCGGGCUACUCUAACCUUCUGCCCCCGGCGCCCCAGCCCUGCAGGCAGCUGUCGCCGGCGCCCGACGACAUCCCUUGGUGGAGCAUCCAGCAGGCGGCGCCGGGCCCGGGCGCCUGCGCACACCGCUUCGCGGCCGCCGCGGGAGGCCUGCAGCGCGGGCUGGUGUUGGCGCCCUCCGAGCUGGCGCAGUACCAGACGCAGCUGGCCGCGCUGCUGCACCCCAAGGCGCCCCUGGCGGCCACGGCCAGGAGGUGCCGCCGCUGCCGCUGCCCCAACUGCCAAGCGGCCGCCGGCAGUGGCCCCGACGCCGCUGCAGAGCCCGGCAAGAAGAAGCAGCACGUGUGCCACAUCCCGGGCUGCGGCAAGGUGUACGGCAAGACGUCGCACCUCAAGGCGCACCUGCGCUGGCACACGGGCGAGCGGCCCUUCGUGUGCAACUGGCUCUUCUGCGGCAAGAGCUUCACGCGCUCCGACGAGCUGCAGCGGCACCUGCGGACUCACACGGGCGAGAAGCGCUUCGGCUGCGCGGAGUGCGGCAAGCGCUUCAUGCGCAGCGACCACCUGGCCAAGCACGUCAAGACGCACCAGAACAAGCGCCUCAAGGCGGGCGUGGGGAGCGGCGGCCACGCCUGCGCAGUUAAAAGAGAGGAGCCGCGGGACAUCUGA